CUCUAAUCUUUUAAAAAAAACUAGUGUUUAAAUGUUGUGUUCAAUAAUCAAACACUCAGUUAGUUAUUAAUUUACAUUGGCAAUAGAGCAGUUUGGCGAUUGACUAAAAAGUGGAAAUUCCCAGUAAUGAAAGACAAGCAAACUGUCUCCUCUACUUUGUCUGAGUAUCAAAUACCAACACUAAUCAAAUUUAUUUUUGUUUCCAGUAUUUCAUUGAUCGAAAUGGUUAUUGUCACAGUACUACUAUGUUUCUUUUAUGAUUUUAAGGCAGUAAUGAAAAAUAAACCCUGGCAAACAUAUAUUUUAAUUUGUUGUUCCACUAUAUUCUCGCUAUUAAUCGCAUAUUUCCGUGGUCUGCGUUCACGGUUUCCAGCCAACUACAUAAUUCUAUAUCUUAACAUUCUCCUACUUUGUUAUGCAUUCAUACCUCCUAUGUUGAGGGUUGGGCUUACAUAUGUGUUGCUGUCUUAUUUCAUUUCGGCAAUUAUAUUAUAUGUCACUCUGGCUUUGGGAAUGCUAUGCGAGAUAAAAUUUUUCUACAGAUGGUUUGUGUAUUUUCUAGUUGGUUGGGUUUUGGUAUCAAGUUGUAUCUCAAUUAUUUUAUAUUUUUUGAAUUUCGACAAGGCCUUGUAUCACUUCAUGGGAGUUACAUUUCUUCUGUUUGUCAUACCACUCCUUCUGCGCAUUGGGCAAUUGUUAGCGACGCAAGAGUCGGAACGCAUGUUUGGUUCUCAUUUAGUAUCAGGUUCACUUGCAAUAUCAUUAAUAUUUCUGUUAUUGUUUUUUUCAAUCGUUAUUCAAUUCUUUCCUUACACUGAUCCUUCUCAAAAAAGUUGUAAUUCAUGUAGACCUAUGACACUAUAAUCCAUUUCACUUUUGUAGUCACAUUUCCUCAUUCAUCUAGUCGUUAUCUAAACCAUUUGGAACCAUUUGUGUCUAAUUGUUUAAAUAUCUGCAAAAAUAACAAGCAUACACAAAAGUGACAAUAAUAUGCCAAGAAUUUUGAUGUUACUGUAAACAGUUUCCGUAAACUCAAAAUAAUUGAUGAUUAUCCUUCUCGCUUCAUAUCAUGCAAUAAUGUAC